GCGGGACCGACGGGUGGACUCCAUUAAGCCCGAGCUCGCAGGAAAACAGUUUGGGAUACUUCUUCUCCGACUUUCCCCGGGAUUUUCUCCUCGUCUCUGUGGUCCGGAACACCUCCCGCAUGAGCUAAGGAGUCGAAGGAAUUGUUUGGUACCGUGUAGCCGAGUGUUUUUGUGUCUUUGUGAAGCGUCAAAGCCCGCGUUUCACGCCACUUUUCGGUGCGGUUGAGGCCGAAGGAAGUGUCCGGGAGAGCGGAGUCAUUGUGGCAGGCUCGCUUGCAUAACAGCCCUCGGUGUGUUUGCGAGGGUUUACCGUUACAUUUAACAGGAUGGCGCUGGAUGGGAUCCGGAUGCCCGAUGGCUGCUACGCCGACGGGACGUGGGAGUUGAAGAUGCAUGUCACAGACCUUCACCGGGACGUGUCACUCAGAGUAACCGGAGAAAUUCACAUCGGAGGAGUCAUGCUCAAGCUAGUGGAGAAACUAGAUGUAAAGAAAGACUGGUCGGACCACGCUCUGUGGUGGGAGAAGAAGAAGACGUGGCUGUUGAAAACCCACUGGACGCUGGAUAAGUACGGUAUUCAAGCAGAUGCCAGGCUUCUGUUCACGCCGCAGCACAAACUCUUGAGACUCCAGCUGCCCAACAUGAAGCACAUGAAAGUCAAAGUCAACUUCUCUGACCGAGUCUUCAAGGCGGUGUCGGACAUCUGCAAAACUUUCAACAUCCGUCACCCAGAGGAGCUGUCUCUCCUGCGCAAGCCGCGGGAUCCUAAGAAGAAGAAGAAAAAGUUUGAGGAAGCAGAGGAGGAUGACCUGCAGUUGGAGGGUCCGCUUUUGACUCCUGGAUCAGCCUCUGAGAUAAUAUACAUCGGACCUGUCAAAGGGAGCAUCUACUCCAGUCCAGGAUUGUAUAGUAAGACCAUGACACCCACCUAUGACUCCAGAGAUGGCAGCCCACUGUCGCCCACGUCGGCCUGGUUCGGAGACAGCCCACUCUCUGAAGGGAACCCCAGCAUCCUGGCUGUCAGCCAGCCCAUCUCUUCCCCCGACAUCUUGGUCAAACUUUACAAGCCGCAGUCUCUCUUGGAUAAGGCCAAGAUCAACCAGGGGUGGUUGGACUCGUCCCGGUCUCUGAUGGAGCAGGAUGUCAAGGAGAACGAGGUUCUGCUGCUCAGGUUUAAAUACCACAGUUUCUUUGACCUCAAUCCAAAGUACGAUGCCAUCCGAGUGAACCAGCUCUAUGAGCAAGCUAAGUGGGCGAUCCUGCUGGAGGAAAUUGAGUGCACAGAGGAGGAAAUGAUGAUGUUUGCCGCCCUGCAGUAUCACAUCAACAAGCUGUCCAUCAUGUCAUCGGACAACCACAUGAACAACAGUGAGAAAGAAGUGGAUGAGGUAGACGCAGCUCUGUCAGACCUGGAGAUCACGCUGGAGGGUGGAAAAACGUCCAACACACUGGGUGACAUCACGUCUAUUCCAGAACUGGCAGACUACGUCAAAGUCUUCAAGCCCAAGAAACUGACGCUGAAGGGUUAUAAGCAGUACUGGUGCACGUUCAAAGAUAUUACCAUUUCCUGUUACAAAACGAAAGAGGAGUCUCACGGCACACCUGCACACCAAAUGAAUCUUAAAGGUUGCGAGGUAACUCCUGAUGUGAACAUCUCCGGCCAGAAAUUCAACAUCAAGCUGCUAAUCCCGGUGGCCGACGGCAUGAACGAGAUCUGGCUACGAUGCGACACGGAGAAGCAAUACGCCCACUGGAUGGCAGCCUGCCGCUUGGCCUCCAAGGGGAAGACCAUGGCUGACAGUUCCUACAACCUGGAAGUGCAGAACAUCCUGUCCUUCCUCAAGAUGCAGCACAUGAACCCUGACCCUCAGUUCAUCGAGCCCAUCACGACCGACAUCAACCCAGAAUGCCUGGUGUCUCCGCGGUACCUGAAGAAGUACAAGAACAAGCAGAUCUCGGCCCGGAUCCUGGAGGCCCACCAGAACGUGGCCCAGAUGAGUCUCAUCGAAGCCAAGAUGCGCUUCAUCCAGGCGUGGCAGUCGCUGCCAGAGUUCGGGAUCACGCACUUCCUGGCCAAGUGGGUUUUCACCGCACCUCCGCUCUGCUCCGACCCGGGUUCUGACUCACUCUUCUGCGACGGCAGGUUCCAGGGCGGGAAGCGAGAAGAGCUGAUCGGCAUCACCUACAACCGCUUGAUCCGGAUGGACGCGGGCACCGGGGACGCCAUCAAGACCUGGCGCUUCAGCAACAUGAAGCAGUGGAACGUCAACUGGGAAAUCAAGAUGGUGACAGUGGAGUUCGCCGACGAGCCGUGUCUGUCGUUCAUCUGCGCCGAGGUCGACUGCAAGGUGGUUCACGAGUUCAUUGGCGGCUACAUCUUCCUGUCCACGCGUGCCAAGGACCAGAACGAGUCUCUGGACGAAGAGAUGUUCUACAAACUGACCAGCGGUUGGGUGUAAACCCGCCGCCGGCCACCAGGGGGCGGCAGGGAGCGGGAUCACGUCGUUUAUUGUCAAAUACUUAUUUGUUUUUCUUCUUAACUGUCCGGAGCAGAUGCAACACCGUCGCCUCGGCCGGUUGUUUUUACUCAUGUAACGCUAACACGUCGGAAACACUAUCACUCCGGAUGACCUCUGACCUCCCGCAGCACAAACUUUUUUUUUUUUUUUUUUUUUUUUAAACUUCCUUCCUCCUCUUGUGCUGAUGAUACGUCCACUGAAACAUCCCAGUCGUUCCGGAUUGAACUCGGCCCAAAAUGGCUGCCGUUCUUGUUAUUUAAGUUUUUGGCGAGUGGCUGCUUGUGGAGGUUCGGUCACAGCACUUCUAAUGAAGUUGGUCAAAUAAGCUGUUUUUAGUGUUGAAGUCUAAACACGCCUGGUUUUAGCUUUUAUCCACACACACAAGCGUGCGCCACCGUUCUCUGACCGUUGGUCAGCUGCUUCGCCGGAGUCUGAAGUUGCCAAAUGUAGCGACAGCGUUGGCACGUCCCUGCACAAACACUACGUUAGUUACUACAUCAGUGUGUCGCCGCAUAGUAUUAUCACUUUCUCAUCACACACCAGCAAAAGGUCAAAAUUCGAGGAUUAAAUAUGCAACCUUUCUUUUCCUCCUCACAACGAAGGAUCAGUGAAUGAAGUAUUUUUUUGUAACUAAUGUAAAAACAGGUUUUAUAAAAUUGUACAGAGCAGUUUUUCCGGGUAUAAAAGUUUUUUUUUCCUGUCCCUGAAGCGUCUUCAUGUGACGUUCCGAUCCGUGGUGGUGACAGUGAAGAUAAAUAUGAAUAUAUAUAUGAAGAAAACACUCAAACUUGACGUUUGACUACAAAUGUUGUCUUGUAUUUUUUAAAGCAGACUAUGAAAUGAUUUUAUCUGCUGCGGUUUUCUUUCAUUUUAGCAUUUUGUUUCCCCACUUUCGUGUGUCUGAGUUUGAGCUGACGGCACGCGUCGCUCUUUUGUCACCGCUGAAGUGUCUCUAGUUUAAAUCCCAUAUGAAGAAGCUUCACCUCAAGUUUAGUAAAAAAGAAAAGUCACAUUAUUCUUUUUUUUUCUCUUUUUGCUCCAAGUGUCAAGAGCAGCGUCGCAUGUCCUGCUGCUGUUUUCUGACUGUACAAAUGCAUUUAUUUUAAAAAAUAA